AUGAAGACCACCCUAGCAACUCUGACCCUCUGCCUGGUGCUCAUCAUGGCAACGGGCUUCCCGUUGGAGAAGGAGAAAAGGGUGCAGUUCGCCGCCUGGGACGACGUCAACGUCAUCGCCCACGGCCUCCUGCAACUGGGCCAGGGGCUCAAAGAGCACGUGGACAAAACCAAAGUCCAGAUGAGGGACAUCUUCACUAAGAUCAAGUUUUACAACCGCACUGUGAACGAGUUGGGCAAAGAGAGCCAGAGGCUGAAGGCUGAAGGGGAGGCCCUGAAGGUUCGGGCACGGGGACUGGAGGACAGAGAGGGGCAGCUCCUCAACGUCACGGCCGAGCUCAGGGAGAAGACGGAUGAGAUGCGGCAGGAGAGGACCUCUGUGAUGGACCGCCUGAGUCGGCUGGAGGAGAGACUGGAGAAUUCGCUGCAAGCCGAUGCCAAGAAUGCCACAGAAGCGCACGGCAUCCAGAUGAUGCUGGAGGCUCAAAACAGACGCAUUGACGAUCUUAUGGCACGUAUGAGACUCCAGCAAGAGAAGUUGGACAAGCAGAACGUGCGCAUUAGAACUCUGCAAAGUCAGAUUCAACAGUCAAAACAGCGAUCGUUCAGCAACGCCGAUGGCUUCACUGCUAGCGGUUCAGCCGAGCAACGCGACUCUCCAGUCGAAAUGGCCUCUGACUGCCACGAGCUGUUCCUGCGAGGCGAGACUACCAGCGGGGUCUACACCAUCCAGCCGGACAACAUUGAACCCUUCCAAGUUUUUUGCGAGAUGACAGCCGAUGGUGGUUGGACAGUAGUCCAAAUGCGACAAGACGGAUCUGUGGAUUUUGAUCAGCUGUGGUCUGCCUACAAGAAAGGCUUCGGCAACCUCAAUGGUGAAUUCUGGUUGGGACUGGAAAAGAUCCACGCCAUCGCCAAAAACGGCGGCUACAUCCUCAAAAUCAAGUUGUCCGACUGGGGGAAUGACCUGGCAUCCAUCCGCCUCCCUUUCCAACUGGGCGGAGAAGAGACCAAGUAUUUGCUUCAGAUCCAGGAAGUCGGCACAUUCAGCCCUCUGGAGAGCGCUCUCGGCACCGACGGCGUUGCCGGUCUGCCGUUUUCCACCAGUGACCAGGACAAUGACCACAAAAAGGAUACCAGCUGCGCCAAACAUCUUUCUGGCGGCUGGUGGUUCAGUAACUGCGGUCAGUCCAACCUCAACGGGCGAUUCUUCCAGAGCCCGCCGCCCAAACAGCGGCACCAGCGAAAGCAAGGAAUCUUCUGGAAGACCUGGAGGGGACGCUACUAUCCCCUCAAGUCCAGCACGAUGAUGAUCGCCCCUGCCAUGGCUGAAUACAAGUCAUAA